AUGAAGUGUUCAAGAGUGAGCUCGCUCUCGGUCGUUUUAUUUUUCUGCCUCUUUGUCCCCAAUAGAAUAGUAGCCGACGGUACAGAUGACUUGGACUCCUCCUUAGACGAUUGGGAAAAACAUUCGGAUGGAAAAUUUACGGAUCUGGACGCGGAAGUGGAUCUCGAGGAAUGGGUGAUGAAUCACGGCUCGUUGUUCCAUCCCGACGGAGUGUCCCAAGCAGCCCAAGACGUUUGGGCGCAUUAUCGUGAGUUGCUGCGAGACCGACCCAAGGUCGGUAAGGUCGGUAAGCGAGCCCGAAUGAGUUCCGACGAGGACGAGCCCGAGGAGGCCGACAUCAAUCGCACCAAACUCUCGCCGAAGAAGGUCUCGACGAUAAAAAAUUUCCUGCUCUACAUUCAAAAGCUCGACAGAAAUUACGACACGUUCAUAUCGAGGCUCGAGUUCGUCAACGAGCUUUACAAGCAAUUCCUGAUAAUGCAGUUCAGCGACGGUGCUUUCUUGCAAUUGACCAAGAAGAGCUUCGCGGAAAACACCAGGAACAGACACAAUACCGUGGAGCAGAGCAUGAGGACGCUGCACGAUCUGUUCCGCAGCUACGACGGCCUCGUGAAUUACGUUACGAACGAGAAUGCAUUGGUGAAAAAUGAAAGUAUCAAGAAGAUGUGCGAGUACAAGUUACCGCCCCACGUCCGGAUCUUCGACACCUACAAGAUGAUCGCGCUCGCGGAAAUCAAAACUUACGUGCUACUCAUGUGGAAGAUUAAUUAUUUCGACGAGGAAGGAUUCCUCUCGAACGAGUCGUGGGACGUUGCCGCCGACGAAGAGGACUUCGUUUUGUCGGAGCUGGAGAAGAGAAUGGAGACACUGUACAACUUCGUCAAGCCGAAAUUGAAGAUAGCCCAUCGCGACCUUUGGAGAUGCGACCCAAUAAAACAUGUCAGAGGCAAGACUUACGAGGAGUUCGGGCCGGUGAUACAGAAGUAUAUAAUGAUCGAAAACGCUCCUUAUCCGUUCGAGCUUGUCAAAAGUAGCCCCAGCGGAUACUGCACGGAAACAUGCUCCGAUUAUCGAAAGACCGAGCAGAAGGGAUGCUCGGUGUGGAACGACGACGGCUGCGCCGAGUUCGCGAAGAACAAGUGCAAUGGCACGAUUCACAUGUGCGAAGAAAUGAAAAAUCCCCUCACUGUUUGUCCCUCGGACGGUAAGAGCGAUCGUAGAUACGAAUUUGUAGAAUUUACCAAUGGUGAGAAGUACGGUCACACCGACAGGAUGUGCCCAACGGAUAAGGUAUACGCUUACGCGUUUCCGAAAUUGUUCUGGAAAUGCGACUAUUGCGUUUGUACCUGCGAGGAUGAUAGCUCGGAAAUCGAUCGAUUCAUUAGCUUGAGAGAAGCAACGUCUGAUAUAGAGGAAAACAAAAUCGUGACGGGCAUUCGAUUGCAAAAGAAAAAUCACAUAUUCCACAUUCAAAUACAGCAGUCCCGUCUGCUGCCUCACGGAGAAGUCGACGAGGACGACGUGUCCUGGAAGCACCUGAAUUUAUUCAAAGUGCACGACGAAGGCGUAAAGGAGGACACCGAUUAUCACAAAAUUUCAUGGAAUCGGCGCGGAUUUGCCCUUGACAAUGUAAUCUUACCCAUCGGUUUCGUGAUGACGGGAGUGAAAUUCUUUCAAUCCAAUGGAGUUCUCUUAAGCCUGUCUGUUCGCUCUACUCAGUUUGAUUUCAACACGGGGAAACUCAGGCAAGAUAACUCGGCUUGGAGCCACGUCGUAUUGGGAUUUGAUUCACAAAAUCCGUUCCCUUUCAAUAAUUCCGUGAGCCCGAUCCAGCAAAGCCCGGACUUUCGCUCGAGGGGAAAAAGGAGGCAUUGGCCCGACUCGAAGCCCGGCCAAUACCUGGAACUGGUGAACUCGGAUUUCAAAAGGGAUCUGGGCCAGACGGUGCUACCGUUCGUCGACGUGCAAUCGGUCAAGUCGAGAAAGCCGGUGCCGUUGGCCGGUGCUGGAUUGCAUCAUAGGGGGCUCCAGGGCUCCGGUGGUUUUCUCGCCUUGAAAAUGUUCAGUUACAAUUUCGAGCCUCACAUGCAGAAACGAGUUCACCGCGGCGACUAAAAUGAAAUCGCGGAGAAAAAAGAAAUUAUAAUUAAAAGAUGAUUUCCAUACGACGACAAGACAUAUUUAGACAUAAGAAAAUAAAUCGAAUAGAAGAGAAAAUUUAAUUACCAUAUUUGGUUUAUAAGAAUCAUUAAAAGUAUUAAAUGAAAUCUAUGAAUAUUCAGGUGCAAUAUCCAUUCUACACGUACACAAAUAUCAAUUAAUGAUUUAGUCCUUUCUCCAUUAUAGAUCAACUAUACGCCUAAAUGUUUGGGGUGUUCGGAAUAGUCGUCGAGACG